AUGGGAUUUGUUGCUCCGACUAUCCUAUACGCUAAACUUUUGAUAAAACAGCUCUGGCAGCUGGGAAUCGACUGGGAUGAUGAGCCGCCGCCACACAUCAUUAAGAUAUGGAGACAGUUUUGUCACGAGCUUCCAUUGCUCAAUGAUUUUAAAAUACCGCGACAUGUAGGUGUGGUGGAAGACUGCGUCGUCACUUUAGUCGGAUUCUCAGACGCCAGUGAGCUCGCGUACGGAGGUGUGGUAUACCUUCACGUACAGUCCGCUAGUGGUAACACCGUGCAGCUCGUGUGCUCGAAGUCCAAAGUUGCGCCCUCGCAACCGCUCACUAUCGCUCGUCUCGAGCUCUGCGGAAUCGUGUUAUUAUCUAAAUUACUUCGCACAGUUUUAAAUAAUUACGCUGGCCGCUUUGCCGUUAACGUUUGCGCUUUUACCGACUCUAAAGUCGCUUUAUAUUGGAUUAAAAGUUCGCCCCACCGCUGGCAAACGUUCGUCGCAAAUCGCGUCGUCCAGGUGACUGACAACAUCGCCGCUGAUAACUUUCAUCACGUCUCCGGAGUGGAGAACCCCGCAGACUGUUUGUCGCGUGGCGUUACGCCACAGAAGCUUAUUUCGCACCCCCUGUGGUUAAAGGGGCCUCCGUGGCUUGCGAUGGACCCGUCACAGUGGCCUAUUAAUAAAGAGUCCGAGGUACAGUCUAUUGAAGAUAUACCUGAGAGGAAGAUUUUAGCACACCCUGUGACUGCUCCCGCGCAUGACUGCGCUAUAUACAACCUUGCUCAGCGCGUGUCAUCUUGGACGAAGCUAUUACGCGUGAUUGUAUUUGUAUGCAGAUUCACUAAAUUGUUACCUCGCCGUGAGUCCAUGUCCGUUACCGCUAGCGACAUGGAGUUCGCUGAAAUUAAAAUAUUACAAAUUAUACAACGCAAAUAUUUCGUCGACGAAUUAAAUAACUUACGCAAUAAUAAAUGUUGUUCUCCCGCAUUUAAUAAGUUAUGCGCGUUUCUGGACAAUGGUCUGAUUAGGAUUAUUCCCAUAAACAUCCCGCUAUUUUACCGCGACAUGACCAUGUCAUCGACCUUAUUAUUGAUCAUUAUCAUAAAACGCAUUUACACGCUGGUCCCGAGCUUUUGA